GAAGACUCUGCGCGCAGCCAUUAACGCAUACCGCAGUAUCGUCGGUAGCUCAGUAGUCGCCAAUUAGCCGAGCAGUGCACUCUGAAAAGAUAAAUAUUAUCUGCUUUAAUGAUACAUGAACCAAUGGAAAUUGAUGAAGAUGGUGUGUAUGAUACACACACAAUCGCCCCCUCUUCAAGAGAAGAUGCAGCGGGGCAUAGUGAUGGUAUUCCGUACGGCGUUACUUCCGAGUCAGCCACUAUUGUCCGUCCUAACCAAGUGCCUGCGCAAACGGCAGCUUCUAGAGCCGUUUCUGAAAUCUGUAUACUUUGUAUGCGGAUCUUCAUCGCGACUCUUCCAGAUGAAGGAAUGGUUUCAAUUAACUGGAUGUUUGGAAUAAUUUUGAAUAGCAUGCAAGUUUCAUGCCGGCAUCGGGAUCGCCGAGAAGAGCCCGCUGCUCACGAACCUGAGUAGAUAGCCGAGUAGAUCCAUCGGCAACACUCGAAAAAUCUAAAACCCAAAAAAAAACGAUGGUUAUACAUUAUGAGACGUUGGAAAUGUACUCUUUUUCUCUCAGCACACAAGUCAGUUGACUAGGAAGGAGGUCGAGGACAAAUUUGACCCGCAGCUUUUUUUGCACCUUAGAAGAAUGAGAGUGUCAGUCCUUGACAGAUCUUUGAAUGGAUAACACGAAGAGCAGUGUUACAUACAGUUGUACAUUCAGUGUUUAAAUAAACUAGGAAAUCCAAGUGCGUUUCGCGCACUCCUUAUCAUGUCAUAAAUGAAAUUUAAAUUUUGCCGCCAGCUGAAAACCAACAGUUUAAAGCGUUUGUAGGUUAUCAAUUUUUAAAAGGGAGAUUGCGAUAGCGAAACAAUUUCUGGAGGGUACAGUGGAAAUAGGGAGCAACUUCAGAAAGUUCAACAAUUUGUACCAGGAGACAGAUUAUCAAUUAAAUGCUUCACAACAAAGCUCAUCAUCUUUUCAAGAAAGGAUAAUCUUUAGCACUUCCACCUCUGACUCAACAUUGGUGAAAUGAUUUUUUAUAAUAAACUUUUAACACAUACUAGCUAAAUUUAACGCGCGCUUUGCGCGCCCAAUUUUCUUGAGAUUAGAAGUUUAAAAUAGUAUAUUACGUGUGACCUAAGUGGCCGAUUAUUGUACGGCGUGUAUUAGCGCCCGAGCGCAGCGAGUAUCGUAUACAAUUUUAUAACACAGCUGCUUAAAUCCGCCAAGUCACGCCUAUCCGUGAUCUAAGCAGUCCAUUAUUGUACCGUGUGUACACGGUACAAUAAUACCACUUAGGUCACGUAUAGGCGUGACUUAAACGCGGAUUUAAGCCACACUGUGCUAUAAUCGUAUAUUCAGACCAGAUAUUUGUUUCUCAGACAAUCAAAUCUCUUUAUUAACGGCUUCAAAACAUCCGGUCAUCAUUUUAUUAAGAGAGAUUUAUAAUGAAAACAUAGUAAAACAAUUCAGGCUGAAAUAUACUCUGUAAAGCUGUACUCUCAGACGACUGACUUGAGAGCCCGCUUUAUUGAGUGAAGUUCGAUGUUUAGCAUGUCUAGUGGGGAUAAUAUAAACUAAACUCCAUAGCUUUGUGAGUACGAGUCACAUUAUGAACUAAGAAUGCAUUACAAAAACACAUGGCUCUACUGAAAAGUCCGUAUUAAAUACUGAGUGUUAUAUACUGUUUGCAUGAGUUAUUUCAUUUCUGAAUAUCCACGUUAUUUUUGUUCAACUAGUACUAUGUGUAAAAAAAACUUUAUUGUACUGACUUUUAAAUAAAGCUUUCUGAAAUAAUAUGCAUAAAAUUCUUAUUUUCUAACAGUUUAUGAGCCCAGAAUCUUUGUAAGAGAAAGAGUUAGGUGAGCGAAUAACCCUAAAUACAAUUGAAAAUCAAAAGUAAUAGUUCAAAGUGCACUAACAAAGUCGUAACGAGACAAGUAUUAGUCCCUGAAAAGUCUGUUGCAGCUAUACUGCUACAAAUCUGUAAUCACUUUUAGCACGAACGGUUCGCGCGUUGCAUAAACACUUUAGGUAAGGAGCCAUAGGUCGGUCUGUAAGCGGUGGUGAUGCUCUCUCUAGAAAAGGAGAGAGAGAGAGAGAGAGAGAGAGAGAGAGAGAGAUAUCUCCCCCCUCUCCACCUGCACUGGGCUUUCUCCCUCCUGUACACCGCUCCGUGACUCUCCUCCGCGGUCGAAAAUCAUCUCACUUGCGUGAGCCUCGCCGCUUGCAACCCACGCAUUCGUCGCUGAGUUGUCGAGCAAAGCAGUUGUCGCGUGCCCCGUGCAUUGUUUUUCGGAGUCGGUAUUCAUCCAGUCUUCGGUGGCGUUCAUUGUGUGUAUAUUAUAUGCUGUAUAACUCCUCGUCUGUGUGUGCGUGGCCGUGAACAUCGCCUAUAAGCCGUCCGUCGUUCUUGUUUCGAACUUUCGCUAUACGAUCUGAAAUCAAUUUUCUCCGGCGCUUCAGCAUGCUUAAUCUGGUGGCCGAAGCACAAGGUAGGAUGUCAACAGAGAUGGGCGCCGACCGCUACAACAUGGAGAAUCCAAAUCGUGGAAAAUGCGUUGUCUUUAAUCACGAAACUUUUGCCACUCACCUCGAGCCUCGCAAGGGCUCGAGCGUCGAUACGCGUAAAAUCAAGCAGACAUUUCAGCAACUCGGCUUUACUGUCGACAUCUGCAACAAUUACGAGUACUAUGAUAUCAUAGAAAAGCUCGACGAGCUGAGAAGAGAGGACCACUCAGAUAACGAUUGUCUUUGUAUUUUUGUACUAACGCAUGGAAUGGCGGACGAUUUCAUCUGUGCAAAGGACACUAAUUAUAAGCUCGACAAAAUAUGGAAGCCCUUCACAGCUGACAAAUGCAGCACGCUUGCUGGAAAGCCAAAGUUGUUCUUCUUUCAGGCCUGCAGAGGAGACAAUUUAGACCAUGGAGUCCGAAUGAUAAGGUCCAGAAGAACCCAGACUGAUGGCUCGGGCUCGGACACAUCUUAUCGGGUCCCAACACAUGCUGAUUUUUUAUUCGGCUACAGUACGGUUCCAGGUUUUUACUCGUGGAGGAAUCCGGAAGAAGGCACCUGGUACGUGCAGAGCCUGUGCGACGUAUUGGAUGAGUAUGCUGCGACUCGCGACCUAGUAAAUAUGUUGACGAUAACGAAUCGUAAUGUGGUUGAGAAUUUUGAAAUUUACAACAAUCAUAUUCCGUGGCUGCGUAACAAGAAGCAAAUGUCGUCAUUCACCUCGAACCUCAUGCGCGACAUCUACUUCACACCGAAGAAUCAGAGAAACACAACCGGCGGAUAAAACCAAGAAAGUUUUUUUUACAAAUUUUCUGAAGAUUUUGCGUCGAUUUCAGAUUAGUUCAAGCUUUCGUUUCUGAAUUAUACUACAUAUGAUUAAUUACUGGAAAAUGUCUUUUUUCUUGCGAAUCAUUGAUUUUUUUUGUGGCAAUCGAUGUCUAAUUCGUGAUUGGCAGAAAUCGUGCGUUUUUAAGGGGACCAUUUACCGAAUUCAAGUUGAACAUUGAGCAAUAAUUAAUUAUAUUGCUUCGUUUAUUAUGAGAGAGAUUUCUUUAUCUUUUAUCUAUUACUUGUCACGUCAAAUAAUUCUCAAAUGAAAGCUAUAGAUUUUGUA